CGAACACUCCGUUCCGACAGGACUCUCGCAUCCUUUUUUGUACAUAUAUUUAUGCUUUCGUUGCAAUCUGCAGGCGCCGGAUGAGGAUAAAUUCGUACACGAAAACCUCGUCCGCGCAAAUAGGACGCCGCUAUAGGUGUGAGGUGGAGAUGGUGUGAUGUGCUCGGGACGUACUGGGAUGCUAGCGUCGGAUAACGCCUGACAUUAGGAGUCAAUGAGUCUGCAAGUGCCACAAGGGAAUUUCCAUCGCAAUGUGCGCUGUAGCAUCGCUGGUGCUCUGGGAGCGGAAGGGAGGCAGAGUGUGUGCCUCAUCCCGUUCGCGAAUAAAAAGGAUGCGAGAGGCCGCACAAAAUACUCCACUAACAGCGACGAGGUGAUCAACCGGUUAAAGAAGUCUUGGAUAGAAUGCACCUUUCAGAAGAGGGAUUGUAUCCGGUUCAUUGGUACAAAACAAGAUACAAACAGAUGUGGAUGCGGAGAAGUUCUGGAGGGGCACACGUUGUCUGCAAGGCCAUCGGCAAUCCACCAGAACAACGCAGGAGGCGACGGCGACGAGCAUUGGACAACGUCAAAGCACACGGAGACUGCCCCCACAGAUGCUUUUGGGACUAUCGAGUUUCAGGGAACGGCUCAUCCACUGAAAGCACAGUAUGUAAGGUUAGUGACCGACAGCCGACCUGAACAGGUCCUUCAACUGCUCACCCGUGAAUGGCAGCUCGAACUUCCGAAACUGCUCAUUACCGUUCACGGAGGCCGUGCCAAUUUCCACCUUCAGGCCAAGUUGAAGAAGGUGCUUUCCAGGGGUCUCGUACGGGCAGCUAAGACAACGGGCGCUUGGAUCUUCACUGGAGGCACUAACACAGGCGUGACGCGGCAUGUGGGAGAAGCCCUCCUCAGCGAGCGGACUCCUCAGCUUCGGGGUCGCGUCGUCGCCAUCGGCAUCGCGCCCUGGGGCAUUAUCGAAAACCGCAAAGAUCUCAUUGGGGCAAAACGCGUCGUGCAAUACUACAGCAUAUCGUCGCCAAAAAGCCGUUUCGCGGUUCUCAACCAGCACCACUCCUACUUCGUGCUGGCCGACAACGGGACCACGGGGCGGUAUGGCGCGGAAAUCGGGCUCCGCAAGCGUCUAGAGAAACAUAUCUCGAGGCAAAGGUUUUAUCACAGAUCGAGCGUGCAGUGGUGCGGCAUCCCGGUGGUGUGCGUCGUCGUGGAGGGAGGCCUGAACACUGUUCGAACCGUACUGGAAUACGUGACCGAUUUGCCGCCUGUCCCCGUGGUCGUCUGCGACGGCUCUGGACGUGCUGCCGACCUCAUUGCCUUUGCACAUCGAUACAUACCCGACGACGAUAGCAAACUCCCGGAUGGCUUCCGCGAACAGCUCAUCACUACAAUCAAGAAAACCUUCCAGAUCCCCCAAGAGCAAGCGGAGCAAGUCUACGUGGAGCUACUGCAGUCCAUCAAGAAGAAAGAUCUGAUAACUAUAUUUCGUAUGGGAGAAGGGCCGUGCAAAGAACUUGAUCAGGCUGUUCUCUCAGCGUUGCUCAAAGGUCAGUACCUGCCACCUGUGGAUCAACUGAACCUGGCUCUUACAUGGAAUCGUGCUGACAUUGCUCGCUCUGACAUCUUCGUGUAUGGUCAGGAAUGGCCGAGUGGAGCACUGGAACAAGCCAUGAUGGAUGCCCUCACCAUGGACCGUGUAGAUUUUGUGCAGAUCCUGCUCGAAAAUGGCGUGAACAUGCACAAAUUUCUCACCAUACCACGUCUGGAGGAACUUUACAGCACGAAACAUGGACCAAGCAACACCUUUAGGUUCCUGGUAAAAGAAGUUCGUAAGAAUAUUCCCUCCGGUUCGCGGUACACCCUGUACGACGUGGGGCUGGUGGUCGAGAAGCUGAUGGGCGGUGCCUACAGGUCAGCCUACUGCCGAAGAAAGUUCCGCAAUCUCUACUCCACCGUCAUGCGACGCAUGUCAACAGCUCCCACCUUGCACACGGCCCUUAAUCCCGAGGCGUCGGCGGCACUGCUGGGAUCUGAUUCUACGUUCAGUCAGCCGUUCAACGAGCUGCUCAUCUGGGCGGUGUUAAUGAAGCGUCAAAAGAUGGCCAUGUUCAUGUGGCAGAACGGCGAAGAGGCUAUCGUCAAAGCUCUCGUCGCUUGUAAACUGUAUCGAGGCAUGGCCAACGAAUCAGCGCAGGACGAUCUCGAAGCCGAUGUAUCCGAGGAACUACGGCAGAAUGCCAGGGAGUUCGAAGAGAGGGCUCUGGACCUGCUCGACUACUGCUACCGACAAGACGAAGGUACAACGCUGCAAUUAUUGACACACGAACUCCAGCACUGGAGCAAGCAGACCUGCCUCGGUCUAGCCGUCUCCGCCAAUCACAGUGGCUUCCUCGCUCACACAGCCAAUCAAAUGCUUCUCGCUGAGCUGUGGAUGGGGGCACUGCGCACACGCAAGAACGUUAGUCUCAAGGUAAUUUUAGGCCUUCUCUUCCCUCCUACUGUUCUAUGGCUCGAAUUCAAGUCCAAGGAAGAACUUCAACUCAUGCCCCAAACUGAGGAAGAACAUUACCUGGACCUCCAAGACGACGAGGAAGACUCCAACCCCGACGUAGACGAUCCUCCGGGUGUCCUUAACCCUCCCGUCAUAAACCUGGACACGGACUCCUUCGGAGGGCUUUCGGCACGCAAGUGCUCUUCGGUCUUCAACCGCCUGGAAAACGGCAAUCUCUUCCCUGUUGAUACAGACGCGGCUUAUCUCAAGAUAAGGACGCGCAAGAGGCCGCUUCGUCUUGGGAGGAAGAUCUACGAGUUCUAUGCUGCUCCCGUGACCAAGUUCUGGAGUCACGCAAUUGCAUAUGGGAUCUUUUUAUGCUUCUACACGUACGUGGUCCUAGUGCGCAUGCGUCCCGAGCCCUCCUGGCAAGAGGUUUACAUCAUCGCUUACAUCAUGACACUGGCAGUGGAGAAAGUGAGAGAGGCAAUGAUGUCCGAACCGGCGAAUUUCUUCCAAAAAAUUCUGGUGUGGGCUCAGAAGAAAUGGAAUCCGUGCGAUGUAUUCAUCAUAUCCGUAUUCGUAGUCGGCAUGGCAUUGCGAUUUACGCCGUCAAGCCAUGCACAGGGGAGGCUUUUGUACUGCUUAACAAUCAUGUACUGGUACAUCAGGCUGCUAGACAUCCUCAGUGUAAAUAAGUAUCUUGGCCCUUAUGUCACCAUGAUAGGUAAAAUGGUGAUCAACAUGAUGUACUUCGUAGUUCUUCUGCUAGUGAUUUUGAUGAGCUACGGCGUUGCCAGACAGUCUAUUUUGUACCCGCAAGAAAGUGCCUCAUGGAGUCUCAUCAAGAAUAUUUUCUUCAUGCCAUAUUGGAUGAUAUACGGCGAGGUUUUUGCGGACAGCAUCGAUCCCGAAUGUGGUGAAGAAGAAGUACCUGGAGAGUAUCAGUGCCAAACGGGCAGCUGGAUCAACCCGGCCAUCAUGGCCGUCUACUUACUCGUUGCCAACAUUCUUCUCGUCAAUUUGCUCAUUGCUGUUUUCAACAACAUCUUCAUCGAAGUGAACGCUAUCUCGCAACAUGUCUGGAAGUCUCAGCGCUUCACAGUGGUCAUGGAGUACGAGCAGAAACCGGUGCUACCACCGCCCUUGAUAUUGAUAUCCCACUUACUGUUGGCCGUAAAAUGCGGUCUCCGCUGGAGAAAGGGCAAGAGCCGAACUUUUGACCAUGGCCUGAAGCUGUUCCUGGACGCACCGGAGAUAGAACGCCUCCACGAUUUCGAGCAAGAGUGUGUGGAAGGCUACUUCCGAGAGCGAGAUGUACGACAGCAAAUGACUACAGAGAACAGGAUUGUCACCACAACAGAAAGGGUAGACGCCAUGUACCAACGCGUAGAGGACAUCCACCAAUGGGAGAUGAAGGCCAAUGCCACUAUCCAAACCCUCGACCUCCGACUCAAUCAACUCGAAAGCAUAUCAGAGCAGAUUUCCGCUUCGUUACAACGGUUCCUGGAUAGCCAAGAAUUCCUGGAAGACGAAGAAGACGAUGAAAGCCGGACCCCGUCCCCCGACGAGAGCAGUGUAGAACCUCAAUCCCCGCCCACGUCUCCUUCGCCACCUACGAUCCCCAUAAUCGAAGAGGCUUCACCAGAAGUCCAGCAACCUUCACCUGAACCCGCUAAACCAGCGGUCGUCAUCAUAAGUCCUGGGGCUGCAGAACCCGAGACUGAGCACCUCGCACGACAAGGCUCCUCGAGACACAAAACAGCGUUUGCAGAAACGACCGAGAACUUAUCGCGACAAGGUUCCGCAAGACAUAGGCCUUCGAUUAGAAGACGUCCUCAAAGACGUCUAAGCAGACAAAUGACCUUAGCUGCGACGGAAGUCUUAGAUCAAGCCGCAUCAAAACGGAAGAACCUGCAACGGUGGCAGAGUGUUUGUCAACCGGACGGUACCGAACUAGCACAAACGUCUGGACGUCAUCCAAAGCUAGAACGUGGCAUGUCUUGCGUCAGUCGUUGGACAGAACCUCGUCCGGCUACGAGAGCUCCUUUCUUGUCAGCGUUGCGGGGUGAAUACACGAGCAUCACAGAUGAGUUGGAAUCAACUGCAUGCUUGCUGCAACCCCCUGAAAGACCAGCGUCGCCGCAGCAGCAAGCUCCAACGGUCGCAGCCAUCGCGGCUGAGACAGAGAUUUUACACGAUGCCGAGGCGGCUGAUUAUCAGAUGAUGGGUGGACUGAUACAGAGGCGAUUACACGGUGACGACUUAUCUUUGGAAGAGUUGAGUGACUUCGGGGACGACCAGGAGGUUUCAGAGGUGGUUGGGAACGGAUCUAGGAGACUGACUAUUAGGGUUACGCCUGCUCCGGACGACAAUCGGACGAGGCCAAGCAAGUCGUACUCCAGUUUUAUGAACGAAACGCCGUGUUAAAUUGGAAGCGCAUAUAGAGGUGACGUUCCUUCAUAAUUUUCUUAUUAAUGCGUUAGCAUUAGAGUCCCCGCUACGAAAGAAUCGCGGCGUGGUCUGUCUGUAGCCACGGCGCGCAUGCGCGGUUACUGGAUGGAAGAAGAGGGCGCGUGGAGAGCGCGAUGCGGCACCGGCCCGUCGGCAGUGCAGCUAUGGUGGCCGACAGGUUCAGAGGCGUCUGUGUAGGCGCAGCAUGGGCUAUGAAAGCUGUGCGGAGGAGUGGCGAAAGAAGGCUGUGAGACGGCGCCGCAAAGCUUAAUCGGAGGACGCCCGAAAGGUUCGUUCGGCUGCGGAUGCUGUCUUCCGUUAGCGUUGUGUAGCGUUAGCGUGUGAAAGGUGUGUAGCGUUUGUGAAGGGUCAUUGAGGGGUUGUGUGGGGUUGUAACGCUUUUCCGUCGAAUCCACCAAGGGAUCAACCACGUUUUUUUUUUAAUUUCAAGACUGCUGCGACGAAAGUAUAUACGUUACCCCUGGAGCAACGUGACGAGCCUCUGAGAUCCCGAAGUGUGGCUACAUGGGAAAGGAGGAGAAGGGACGCGGAAUAGUUGUACUCUGUCUUACAGGAAAGACGGGGGCGGAAAGCUGUCGAUGAAAAGUGAUGGAACCAAAGCAGUUCAUCCUCUUAGAAUGUUUUAGUGUGAUCUACAGGUUAGCGUUGUAUAGCUGCAGCUCAUCUCUGUUGCGUAGUAAUAUGACAACAUGAAACGACGUACGUGACCCAAGAGAGGCCUACGAGGUGGACGCAGAGAGUCGCGCUGGUCUCAACUUCCUUGUCGACAGUGUGGGAAGAUGCUGCGACAUGUAUAGGUGAGACCAGCAGUAGAGAGAUGGAUCGAUGUCUCUGUUUGACGACGUAACUUUAAGGUGUGAAUAUACAUUCGUAUUUUGUAAGAAAACACAUCACAUUUUGAACACGAAUACAGUGCAAAGACUACAUGAUCACCAGCAGUUUCGCUCACAGAUUGUUGAUGCUGGCUGUUUCUGCUGCUUGGAAUGGCGUCAAGUUGCUUUCUGGCAAAGCACUGCCGAACUUGAACGUCUUUGACUUUUUUAGGCAACGAUAGCUGCAUAAGAUUGUUCGUGCUGCGGGCAAACUGAACUGAGUCAGUCGAUCUUACGACUACCUGAAGCGCUGCUGUUCGUUUCUCUCUCUCUCUCUUUCUAAUCACGAUGAAGACGCAACAAUAAUAAGCAUAUUGCAAGCCAAAGCGAGCACUCUUUCUCAAAGUCGGCACAGGGAGCAGACAAUAAAAAACUAAUACAAUACAAUAAAACUAAAGCAAUCGUCUACAUGCGAAAUUAACUUGUUUCAUGUUUGAUAUCCUAAAGCUGGCACCACUCGAAGCAGCAGAGACACCUUUUAUGUAUGAUAACAUCUCCCUUGAAACACCAGAGCUCCUGGCAGACUUACAAAGUGUCCUCUCUGUCAUGCACUUCUCGUUAUAUCUGAUGGUGACGAAAGGCUGUGUAUUUGGCAUGCAACAAGCGUGUGCCUAAACCACAUUAAUGUGGAGUGACAAGUAUCAGGUAUCGGCAUGCACAAAUAUUGUGAAGUAUCCACAAUUUCUACUUCCAUGAGCACUGUAUGGCUUCACUUCGAACCAUUUUUUGCAACGUUGCAAGAUCGACCCCUUGCUGUCCUUUGUGGUUCGGUUCUCUUCAGUUUUUAGUUGCCGCAUACAAGCCAACGUAACAUGCCUGUCAUAUUGUCAGACUCCAAAGCUUGCUCAGCGUACAUGUAGGAAGGCCAAUUGAAUGGCAGUAUUGUUUAAUAUUUUGAAGUACUGCAGGGUAUUGAUGACGCAUGCUUCACAAUAGCUGUACCCAACAAAGUUUUCUAAACGAUCUUUCAGUCAUUGUACGAUGUCGGAGCGUCGUCACAUUUCCUAAGUGCGAAUCGCAGAUAAAAAUAAAACCGUAUUGGAUAUACGGUCAUUCGACGAACCCAUUUUCUUUCCCUUCUCUUCAAGAACUGUAUCAGCAUGGUGCUCUGUAGACACGGUGUUCUUCGUGCAUGCUUUUUGCACGCACAUACCAAUGUACUUACGAAAAACGGCGAGAUAUAGCUUUAUAUAUUCGGGUUCCGCUUAAACAAUAUACUAUAUCGUUAACGCAUCAGUAUAAAUGUUUAUGAGCCAAGUUUAUGAGGUGCUUCCUUGCCCAAAUAUUUCGUUGCGAGGGCCACACAUAACAUUCCUUUGCGCUUUGGCAAGGAUAUUUGUGAGAGCAGAGAAUUGUUUGAGAAAAUGUUUGAAAAAUUUUUGAAAAUGUUGAGAGAGUAACUUUUGUAUCAUUAUCUUGUUCAUACUUCAGAGUCAUUUUGAAACGCUGUCUACUGGCUAUCAUAUAGUGCAUACAUAUGUUAUUUAGAAGUGAAACCAAGUAUUAUCAUAUCAACGUAGAGAUAAGCACAUAGAACGUAAACAUUUUUGAGCGACUUCCAGCACAUCUGCAUGACGUAGCUCGGGAACAAGUUAUCCCGAAUAUAUUUUGGUGUCCCACGAUACCAAAUCAUAAGUGAUAUUGUUUUGUGGUUCAUGUGUACAUAUCAGAUGUAAACAAGUGUUUUUAACAGCUGGGGUGAUUUUCAGGAAGACCAAGAGAAGGACUUGUUGUUACAGAUAAGGUUUGGAAGGACGUUAUCACAGGGUGUUGUCACGAUGUGCAGCUGUCAUCCUUUCUAUUUCUACCUCUGUCACAAGCGUAUAUAUACAAAUAUAUUUACUAACGCCCAAAUCUAUCCUCACACACUACCGCGCAUAGCUGAGUUGUCCUCUAUGUGAACAAAAUAGCAUAUCACAAGUAUAUGGUAGAUUACAAAAUUUAUGUCUACCUUCCCAAUCCUAUGCGAUAUUCCAGUACCCCUGAAUGUGAUAGUAAACAUGCUUGCUAUCGUACUGCGAUCAGCAAGAACCAAUGCCGGAUCUUUCUGGUCUUUCAGCAUCGGAAUCGGACUCUGUAGGGAUUGCUAAUAGAUUGCACGUUCUUGGGUAGCUGAACAGUUCUAUACGCGCGGAUUUCGUAGAAAUUCUACUUGCAGCGGAAUAGUGAUACAACACGCACGUGAUGUUCAAGUGCUCGGAUGGACAGGACAAAAGCAGAUUGCAAAAUGCCUGCGAGUGUGGCACAUGUGAUAGGAGACCUGAAUGGACUUUCGGUGUUCUUUUUCCAUAGUUGAUUUAGAAAAACAGCGGUUAUCGAUGACCACCUAUAGGACUGCAGUCAGAGGUGCGCGCGAGUCCGUCCGCGCGCACGUCUACGCGUCAUUCUGGAUUGCGGAUAGAAAUAUCCGGGAGCUGACACUUUCGUGUUUAACCCGAUUCUUCGUUUUUCUUUUUGUUUGCCUUUAUUUUCCCCUUUUUUUCCUGGGAAUAGCAAGCCGCCAUACCGGUGGCUAACCUUUCCCUCUUAUUUUUUUAUAUAUAAUAAACAUAUUCCCCCCCCCCCGAUUUUGUCCCCGAAUUCUAAUCCCAUAUCGCGUCAUGUCACGUGUCGCGCGCAGUAUUUAGUACGCGUGGCUAAUGUAAAUAUUACCUGAGCGCGACAAUGCGAAGCACAAUUUAUGUUAGAAGAUGCGUGCUUGCCAUUGUAAAUCGCGAAGUAUGCGUGUUGACCAAUACACUUGAGCAGCGGGUAGUCUGUCGGACAGAAAGAAGGAAAAAAAAAAAAAACUGAUAACGCCCCGAUUUCACACCGAAUGACAGAUUUAAAAAUAGCACCCGAUUUUUUAGUUUUUCCCUCGCGGUUUGCGUCUUUCAUGGACCCUCCCGCUGACUUACUUUGUCGAGCCGCAGCCCGCUAACUUUAACUGCGUCUGGGAGAGAGAUUUUCGCUCAAGUUCUCACUUAAAACUUGCUUUGCAGUAUGAAAACGCGACAUUUCUUAAUGCUGGUUUAGAGUCCUGCGGAGCGGGGCGUAACGACGCGCAGCGCACGGCCCCGCAUCGCGAGCCACCGUCGGUCAGUUCAUAGCUCGACGGCACUCGGCGAAGCGCGGCGUGGCGGCAACGCGCGUUACGUCAGCCGCCGUCGGGGGAGUAGAGCAAUGCUCUACAUCUGGCUGUGGCCAGCGAGCUGUGCACGGCGUGGGCUCCGGUGGACUCGCAUUUCCAAACAUGUCGUCACCCAUUGAGCCUUUGAUUGAAGCUGUUAAGGAACAUCCGUGCCUAUAUAAUACAGGUGGAUUAUAGAGACAAGCAAAAGUAGGAGAACAUCCGGGAAGACGAAGUACAAUUUUCUUCUUCAAUUCAAUGCCCAUUUUUGGGGGUACCGACCGUAUUACAGUAGUACAAACAUACGAUGGGAGCACGGAUUGUCUUUAGUCGGAUUCCAACACGCGGGUGCAGUUGCCAGAUAUGACUACUUUCUCAUACGAAAUGUGAAAAUCUCCGGAAGCGUUUUCGUUGCGCUGCCCCGAAUCGCGUCAGACUAUGAACCCGGUAGGAUGAGGAAGCGUGGCGUAGCGAACGCCAGCUGUCGGCGCGGAACGCGGGCGGCGAAGGGCGAAGACUACGUCGGACUCUAAACCAGCCUUUAGUGUCAGGACUUAUAAUAUGUGCCACACCCGUUAUUUGGCACCAUCCCUCGUGCAAAGUCACUGUAAACGAACUGAUGAAGCAUUAACUCAUGUACAGCCAAGCCAAGGCAAGGUUCUGAGUGUCAUGUGGCUUCCCGAAGCUCAAGUACAUGGAGCGCUAUCCAAGGCGGGCUCAACGUAGCCCGAGCGCUGACUUGACAUUUUCACCACACGUGUCAAGCCUAGCUCGCUGCGUAAGAACGCUUCAAGCCGUGCAGGGCUUUUGAAUUGCGUUGGCGCUCUUGCAAGGUAUCUGCAGGUCAAGUUACAAGAGUUCAAGUCACAUCUAUGAAUUAGACGGUUAAUACAAUGUAUAGACGAACUCAGCCCCUACGUCACUGAUUACGUAACGCCACCGCGCGAAGCAUGCUGGUGGCCACUAUCAGCGUUGCCAGCCAACGCGUUCUUUCCCGCUUCUUGUCUACCAUAGCAAAAUAUAACCUCGAACCAGUCUUCUCGUGACGUCACAUGUUGGUAAACAGAGGGUCGUGAAAUUGAAAUCUACGGCGAAUAAAACUGCGUAAAACCGACACAACCGCGUGCGGUCAGCGGUGCGCGCAGGCAUACGCAUCUUAGCCGCGAUUUUUCUUUUAGAAAAACUCCUUCGUAAUAGGGUCGGGGUUGCGGUCGCUUAUCUUACACGCGCAUAUAACGUGCGGGUGCUGUCAAUGUUAUUCGCGCUCACCUCUGACUAUAGUGCUUCAAUAUGGUUAAUCGAUAUAUCGAUUGCAUGCCGAUUAUCGAGCUUACACUUUGAGAUGUUACGUUGGGACUUGACUAUCGAUUUUAUGCGUGAUACAUUGAAUGCCAACAGUUUUCAGAAUGUUAUUUCAGCAAACGAGACAAGCUUACAUUGUUUGUUGUGUUUUUCAUGUUGACUCCAUAGAAAUUCCAUUCUCUCCAUUCUCACCGAACGCACGCCUACGCAUGUGGAUCAAGCGCCUAUCAUCUGAAUGGUGUCUGAAUGGUGUCUGAUUUUAAUA